AAUUUAAAUUACAACUUUUAUAAAGCAAUUUAUAAAGGGAAAUUUGAUAAUUUAUGCUAAAAAAUUAGAUAGGGUGUUUAAUUAUACCCAAUUAUUACACAUAAAAAAACUAUACCUAUCUUUUAAUUAUCUUCCAAAAAUACCCCUGUCUUUUCAAACUUCUCACAUUCCCUCUAACUCUAUUCUCUCUCUUCAUUCCCUCUCCCCACCGACGCUGCAAACAACAACCACACCAGACGACCAAACAACCAAAAUCACAGUCGACCACCAAACAACCACCAGACGACCAGGAACCCACAAACCCACAAACCCACGAACCCACGACGACGACGACGAACCCACGGGCACGAACCGAACCCUUGAACCCAGACGAACCCUCGAACCCACUCCAAUCGACCCCAUCGACUGACGCCCGAGCGAACAAGGAGACCCAGUCGAAUCCCACGAACAUAGCAAUCCAGGUUAGUUUUCGUGGAAUUUUUCUUUGAAUUUUCUUCUUUAAAAUGCAUACAUUUGUUGUUGAAUCUGGUAUUGAAUUGAAAGUUGUUAUUUUGUAUGUUUUUUGGGGAUAAUUUGUGCAAUAAAACUGUGGGAUGAAUGUGGGUUUCGAACAAUAGAUUUUUCUGGGUUUUUAGGUUAUUGUGCGAUUUUAUGCGAUUCUAUGUGCGCUUUUGUGCGACGUAUCUGGAGUCUGUACAUGUUUUUUGAGUUUUUGCGACUUUUGUGCGAUUUAUGUGCGAUCUUGUGCGAUUAUGUUGUAGACUUUCUGUGUUGGGUAUGUUAAGCGAUAUUAUGCGAUGUUGUGCGAUUUUGAGCGAUUUAUACAAUGUGGUCAAGGUCUUGAAUUUUUAGCGACAUUAUGCGAUUUAUUUGCGACUUAUUGUGCGAUUUUACUGACAUCAGAAAUUUCCAAGUGUUACCCACACGACCCACACGAGACCCACUCCAAGCACAAUCCACGAACCAGGUAUGGGCUAAACUUAACUUUUUUUUUUGCAAUUUAUCAUAUACAUUGUGCAUCUGUGAUAUAACUGAAAUGUAUUUGUUUAAAUUUAUCAAUUUUAGAGUUUGGGGAAGAAACUGAGUUUAGGGAUAUAGAUUUUGGGGUUUUUUUUUAUUUUGUGCGAUAUUGGGCGACGUGUAAGCGAUAUUUGUGCGAUUAAGGAUACAAAAUAAGCACUGCAUUUGGAUUGUUGAAUUUGUGCGACAUAUAGCGACAUAUAGCGACAUUAAUGUAACUUUUAUUUAUUCAGUCGAUAUUUAGCGACGUUUAACGAUUACAUUUGCGACUCAAAGCGAAGUGUAGCCUUGCGACUCAAAGCGAAGUGUAGCCUUGCAAUAUUUGCAUAGAGAUCCAGGCUUCACCUGUUUACCAUUUAAAUAACCUAACUUGCAGCGACGGCAGCCUUCGGGGAACCCUGGUGGUGGAGCCGCCCAUACACCUGUUUUGUUAAAUUUUUUUUCAAGUUUUAGAAACCUCCACUCGUUCAUAAGCCGUUCAUUUUCAAAAAGUUUCAUGUCGUCAAGCACUUUUUGCAUUUGAGGCGUAAUUUCCCCACAAUCAGGCUCCUGCUUGAUCUCUUCAGGAGUAAGAAUCGGAUAUUUGCCCUUGUUCCUUCUAGUAGACAUUGCUAAGAGAAUUAUCUUAAGAGGAAAAAAAUUAAGAAAAUAUGUGUAACUUAUGAGAUAGAAAAUUGGCUUUUAUAGAGAAAACUAGUAGUUGGGAAGGUGGGAUAAUAAAUGUAAAAAUUGAAUUACACAAUUGUACACGUGUUUGUCAUGCAAAAAGCAAUCUGGGCAAUUUUCGCGACAUGUCGCGACUUUUAUGCGACAUGUUAGCGACAUAAUCAAGUAGUUGGUUAGGCGGGAUAAUAAAUGUCACAUUAAUUACCAUUUAAUGUGGAAACGUCUUUUGUGCGAUUUUUGUCGAUUUCUUGUGCGACUUUGUGCGAUUUUAUAUCUAUUGUGUUUGCAAUUAUUUUAACCAAUUUUGUGCGAUUUUGUGCGAUGUUUAGUGCGAUUUUAACUGACAGGAUCAUAUGUUUUAGUUAGUUUUGAUCUGUAUUUUUUGGCGAUAUUAUGCGAUUCAUGUGCGAUUUUUAUGCGAUUCUUUUCCACUAUUGAAAAAAUAUGCGAUUAUUUAGCGAUUUUGGUGCGAUUUUUAUGCGAUGUAGUCUAAUUAAUCUUGUAAAUGCAGAUGGCUCCUGAACUUAUUCUACCCUUGGCUGAGCAUUUUCCAGGCCGUAUCACGUACAGAGGAAAUGGGUACUUUGCUUCAAUAAAGGCUAAGUUUGAAGCCUUCAACUUGACUGAGAGGGUGAAGGAAACUCCCUUUGGAGUUUUUUGGAAUGCCAGUGAGUUGAAAUUCUCUGGGGUGAUUGUGCAUCAACUGCUAUUGAGGAAAACGAAAGUGACUGAGGUGAAAAAUGAUGAAGUCUGGUUUUACGUUGGUAAAACCGAAGCCAGAUUUGGGCGGUCUGAGUUUGGUUUGAUCACCGGACUAAAGAUGAGCGGUGGCCCCUCAACAGGAGAUUUGAGUACACUGUGUGAGUCAGAUCGGAUACUGCGGGACUACCUCAAUAAUGCCAAACGGGUCACUUUCAAAACCCUUUGGCUAGCUUUUGAGUCCUGCGAUGUGGCGGACGAUGUGUACAAGUUGGGGCUGUGCGCAUUUGUCGAGGGUGUUCUUCUAUCAAGGGCUGAGGGUGUUUAUAUCUGGACGGAUAUGCUGAAGCUGGUAGAAAACGUUGAAAACUUCUUCGAGUAUCCGUGGGGCCUCCUUUCUUAUCAGAAGUUAUUGUCAUCCACAAGUAAGAGUAUGAGUGACCUGAGGAAGAAUUACAUUGAUAAGGUCUCUACUAAAGAUAAGAUGAAGAAGAAAGGGAAGACGGAGAAAAAAAUUACUCAACCGGAGGCAAAGUACAAUGUCUAUGGAUAUGCCCCGGCGCUGCAAUACUGGGCCUUCGAGGUGAUGCAAGAUUUGGGGAAGAAGUAUGGGCAGUGCAGAGGGACUAGAUUCCCUCGAAUGUUGAAUUGGAGUACUCCCGAUUCCGUUACGAGACAUGAUGUGAAGCAACCUGACGUGGCUGCACUAUUUGAGAAAAGGAUGGUUGUGCUUCAAAUAUUGUAUCCUCGGAAUUGGGAGGUCGACUACUGGAAGAACAAUUGUGAGGGUGAGGUCCCCACAGUGGAAAUGGGGUUAGAUGAGGUCGAAGAAACACAAGCCGGGACGCAAGAUUCGACCGCAUUCGAGACCCAAGCCCAACGGGUGGCGGAAUAUGUUAAAAGGUCCAAAAUUAUUCCACCAUCCCCACCCAAGGAAACACCAGACGCCUCCACAUCUGCCACCGUGCCCCCAGCAUCUGCCUCUGCGCCCCCAAGCUCUGCUCCAGCCAAUGACUCCAACUACCUCUUGUUGGCUAAGAGGUUGGAGAAGGUAGAAGCACAACAAGUUGCGAUUCUCACCGCCCCGGACUGA